AAGUUGAGGGGGCCGGCGACAAGAAGACCGCGAGUGCCCCUUAAGUCGGGCUGGCUGUAGUUAAACUCCCCGCUGUAGGUCGAGACCUGCCGACUACUCGACUCAACUCGACUCUUUCAUUGUUCUUCUUUAAUAAUUGUCCUUCUUCUUCUCUUCUCUUCUCUUCCCCCCCCCCUGGUUACUUUUCUCGCUGCCUAUUGUCACCACCCACACUAUCAGCUUAGUGCUACUCCUGCACCUACUGCCCUGUGAAACCAACGAAUCGCAUGCCCCCCUGCCACUCGUUCUAGCCUGUCCGUCCUGAAGAUCCUGCCUUUUCCAUUCAAGUCUACUGUCGACGGCUCCAUCGUGCGAUAACCACCACCAGCCUCACUCCGUCAGACACCAACGCUCCUUCAGUCCGUGCUUCAAUCGUCUCAACUAUCCCCGCCCGCCCUGAAUGUGUUCGACCACACCCAGCAUUCAUCAUGUUGACGGUUGAGAAGCAGUGGAUCAAUGUGCAACAGAAGACUUUCACGAAAUGGCUGAACGAUAAGGUGAAAGUGCGCAAGAUCUUUAUUGGCGAUCUGGUGGUCGACCUUUCCGACGGGGUAAUCCUGAUCCAUUUACUCGAAAUCCUCGGCGGAGAGUCCCUCGGUCGAUAUGCCUCGAAACCGAAACUGCGUGUGCAGAAAUUCGAAAAUGUCAAUAAAAGUCUCGACUUCAUUAAGGGGAGGAGGAUCCCGAUGACCAACAUUGGCGCGGAGGACGUGGUGGAUGGGAAUCGGAAGAUCAUUCUCGGCCUGAUAUGGACGCUCAUUCUGCGAUUCACGAUCAGCGACAUCAACGCGGAGGGUAUGACUGCGAAGGCGGGUCUGCUCCUGUGGUGUCAACGAAAGACGGCUUGCUAUGAGGGGGUGGAGGUUCGCGACUUUCACACCAGCUGGAACGACGGCCUCGCGUUUUGUGCUCUCUUGGAUAUCCAUCGACCGGACUUGAUCGACUUCGAUGCCCUGGAUAAGAAGGACCACCGCGGAAACAUGAAACUGGCGUUCGAUAUCGCCGCCAACGAAAUCGGUAUCCCCGACCUGCUCGAUGUCGACGAUGUCUGUGAUGUGGCGAAGCCGGAUGAGAAGUCUCUCAUGACGUACAUUGCCUAUUGGUUCCACGCCUUCUCUCAGCUGGAGCGAGUCGAGAAUGCCGGGCGUCGGGUGGAGAAAUUCAUCAACAACAUGCACGGCGCGUGGGAGAUGCAGAACUCGUAUGAACAGAGGAUGAGGGAGCUUCUCCGUGUGAUCCAGGCCCAGCGUGACGAGUGGAAGGGUUCCUCGUUUGAAGGCACCUACAAGGACGCCAAGGAGCAGGCCCGCCAGUUCUCCCUGUACAAACGGAACCAAAAGCGGCAGUGGGUUGCAGAGAAGUCGGACCUCGCUGCGCUGCUGGGCAAUAUCAAGACCAAGCUCAGCACAUACCGCCUGCGCCCUUACGAGCCCCCGACGGAACUCAGCCUGGAAGUUUGCGAUGAGCAAUGGGAGGGCUUGACGCGCGACGAGCAUGAACGUAGUCAGCUGAUCAACGAGACCAUCCGAGAUAUCAAGAAUGCUCUUCGCCGCUCCUUCGCCGAUAAGGCCAACGAUUUCGCACUCACGCUGAAGACGCUUUCUCUGGCAAUCUCUGGUCUCGACGGCGAUGUAGAAGACCAACUAGCGCAUGUCAAGCGACUCAAUGACAACCUCCCUCCUCUCGAUGCAUUCUUAGACACCAUUGCGGCGCUGGACGAGCAAUGCGCGGAGGCGAAUAUUGAAGAGAAUGACUACACCACAUAUACCUUAGAUGAACUCUCCUACGAGCUGAGCUUGGUCAAGUCCAGCAUCUCCAAGAAGCUCGCUUUCCUCGACAACCAGCUUGUGGCGCGGAACAUGACCAACCUGACCCCGAUCCAGCUGGAGGAAUUCGAGUCUGUUUUCCGGCACUUCGACCGUGACGCUUCCAAUACCCUCCAUGAACUCGAAUUUUCGGCAGCUCUGGCCAGUCUUGGUCUCGUGUAUGACGAGGAGGAGAUGCACGACGUCUUUGUUGAGACAUGUGGUCCCGCUCGCCUCGCGCAGAAUGCCGGCGUGAGCUUCGAGCAAUUUAUCCGAUUCAUGGUCAGUGUGACCGAAGACCAGAAUACCGCCGAGCAAGUGUACCAGAGUUUCCGCGAAGUUGCGGAUGGGAAGCCAUAUGUCACGGAGCUCGAUCUUCGGCACUCUCUGAUCCCCGAUGAGGUUAUCGAUCAUCUGGUCCAGACCAUGCCAGCACACAAUGGGCCGGAUCUCCAAGAGGACCGAGAUCUCCCCAAGUACGACUACAUCAGCUUCAUGGAGAAGAUGAUAGAGCACAACAAAGAACAGAGCAACGGGGGUAGUUGAAAUGGAUGUCUUUUGCAUUGCACUGCCGGUGUUAUCUCUGCUGAUUCGGGUUUCUGGUUCCUCUUUUCCGUUUUCCUUGUCUCCCUUCUGGACAUUCCCCUUGGAGGUUGCGAUUGGUGUUCUCUGGAGCUAAAAGGGAGGGUUGUGUCUUCGGUGACCAUUUCGACCAUGCAUACAGGACUAUUGCCGAGGCGUCAUUUCUCUCUCUCUUUCUCUUCUUUUUCUGCAUCAUUCCUGUGAUUUUCUUUUCUGUUUCCCUUCCUGGACCAGGGUCUGUUGUCAUUCCGACGGAACAUGUACACCAUCCUACGAAAGCGGGAGUAGUUGACAGAGAUGAGAUCCCAAUAAAAUUAUGGAUACA